AUGAACAAGUUGAUUCAACAUGUACGAAAUUGUAAUGACUUUACUAUUGAUACCGAAGGUGAACGAUCAACAAAUGAAUUGGCAUUAAUGCAAAUCCAGACUAUUCCUCGAAAUGCACCAUUAGUUGUAAUCUUAAUAGAAAUUAUGAAUUUGCCAUUAAAUGACACAAUUAUUUAUGUUAAAAUUAAACAAUGUCUAGAAUUAAUUUUCAAAUCGGAAAAUAAUUUAUAUGGUUGGGGUGAAUUGAUUGUGGAAUUACGUCCAGCUAUUAAAUAUGAAAUAUUUAAUUGGCCGAUUAAAUCAACAAUAUAUGAUAUUCAACUUUAUUUUCCACAAUGGCACAAAUGGGCCUUGUCUCAUUGUGAGACAAGCAGCAUGUCAUCAUCUCAAUCACAUGCUGUUGAUAGUGAUGUUGAUGUCAAUUCAAGUACAAGUAUUAAUCUAUCAUCUCAAUGUAAUUGUCACGCAUCAAGUCCUUAUCGUGCUGGAGAGAAAUGGAGCUUGCAAGAAGCUUUAGUUCAUACAGGUCAGAUGUUUCUUGAUAAAUCAAUGACACGUAAUCACUGGUCAUUAACGUUGGAUCCAGAUCAUUCGAUUUUAUCAACACGUAAACGAAAUCAAAUGGUGUUCUAUGCAAUAUAUGAUUGCUUCACCACAACAUAUUUAGCUUAUCCUGUUCUACAAUAUUGGACUUUUCAACAGGUAGCUAAAAUUAAUAUUGUUGAUUUGUUUCAGACUUCACCAUCAUCAUCAUUGCAUCAUGGAUACAACAACAUUAAAAAUGAUACACAAGUUAAUAAGCAAUUGAAAAAGAAUAUUAUAAUUGAUGGUGCAGUACUUAUAUCCGAUGAUAGUGAUCAAAGUGAUGAAGAAAUAUUUCUUAAUCGAUGUGAUAAUCAAUUUAAUAAAAAAUUAUUAAAUGAAAAUAUUUCAGAUGAUAAUAAAGAAAAUGAUGAUAAUUUAGAACAAAUAUCUGAAGAUGAUGGUGAAAUCUAUCUUGGUCAAGUAAUUGAACCAAGUACUAUUGAUGGUGUUGAUCCACCAUUUGUUGAUGGACUUGACGGUGUUGAUCCACCAUUUGCUGAUGGAAAUAAUAAAAUUAAUUCAACAGUUGCUCGUCGUGAAACGCAGGGAACGGUUGACAUUGCUCAACCAGUUCCUGAUCCCAUUAGACAACAACACCAGCAACCAAGAAAAAAAACUUUAUCAGCUGAAGCAAAGAAAAAGAAAAACAAGAAAAAAAACGAUCAUCUUCGUCUGCUUCGGUUUCAACAUGUUUUAAAAAGGUCAUAUUAUUAUCAUUUUAGAUUGAAAUUAAUCCGAAAAAUAAUUCGUUAUUAUGGUGUAUCAUUUCGUCAUGUCAAAUUUCAAGGAGAUGAAGUGGUUAUCGGUGUAAAAUCUGAUAAAAAUCGUCGACAAUAUGAAGAUAUUUUACCAUCGUAUUGUUUCGACAAGAAAAAUUAUUGGCGAUUCAAGUAA